AUGUCGACAGCCGGGAAAGUUAUUAAGUGUCAAGCGGCGGUUGCUUGGGAGGCAGAUGCCUACACACUUUCUGGAAAAGACCCUGAAGGAGUGUUUCCCGUCGUUUUGGGUCACGAAGGUGGCGGUAUCGUCGAGAGCGUCGGCGAGGGAGUAACUUCCGUCAAGCCUGGAGAUCACGUUAUACCUUUAUACGUUCCUCAAUGCAACACAUGUAAGUUCUGCCUGAACCCAAAAACAAACUUGUGUCAGAAGGUUCGUAUUACUCAAGGACAGGGUGUUAUGCCCGAUGGUACCAGAAGAUUCCGUUGUAAGGGACAAGAGCUGUACCAUUUCAUGGGAUGCUCCACAUUCAGUGAAUACACAGUUGUUGCGGAAAUUUCUAUUUGUAAAGUUAAUCAGGCUGCUGCCUUGGAUAAAGUAUGUUUGUUAGGCUGUGGUGUACCAACCGGUUAUGGGGCUGCUCUUAACACUGCCAACGUUGAAGCUGGCUCUAACUGUGCUAUAUUUGGUCUUGGAGCUGUAGGUCUUGCUGUUGCCCUGGGAUGUAAAGCUGCAGGGGCUAAGCGUAUUAUUGGUGUUGAUAUCAAUCCUGACAAAUUCCAAGUUGCUAAAAAGUUUGGAGUCAAUGAAUUUGUCAACCCUAAAGACUAUGAAAAGCCUAUCCAGCAGGUACUUGUUGACCUAACUGAUGGCGGCUUAGACUACACUUUUGAGUGCAUUGGAAAUGUUAACACUAUGCGUGCUGCUCUUGAAGCCUGCCACAAGGGUUGGGGUGUUUCUGUGAUCAUUGGUGUAGCUGCUUCUGGUGAAGAGAUCAGCACUCGCCCGUUCCAACUUGUAACUGGACGUACCUGGAAGGGAACAGCUUUUGGAGGCUAUAAAAGUCGAGACAAUGUACCAAAGCUUGUAGAAGAGUAUCUGGCUAAUAAAUUGCCCUUGGACGAUUUUGUAACCCACACUUUACCUCUGAAGGAAAUUAAUGAAGCAUUCCAUCUUAUGCACACUGGGAAAUCCAUCCGUGCUGUACUCCAAUUGUAG